CCUUCUUAAUGAUGAAGAAAAUUGUUCCAAUUGUUUUCGCGUCAAGGAAAAUGACAAGGCCUUCAUUUUUUCUACAAACUACAUUUAAAGCAAAUCCUAUCUCGGCCACGGCGGGUUCAUCCUCCGGCAAACCUCCGCCGGAGUUCCCCGCGGCGCCACCCCCCGGAUAUGCCCACCGAGUCAUCUGAGGUUCCUCAAGCCCCCUGCGUGCCUGACUAUGACCGGACUCCACCAGAGAUGCCUUCCGGUCCACCGCCGCCUCAGCCGAAGACCGACCAGUCAACACGAGACGAUGACCCUUAUUCGCCCGGCCCGGUUUUGCCUAAUCCUCAUCAAAGUCAGACUAGUAGGGUGGUUCAACCCCAUGGGGCUGAAGUCAAGACUCCCAUCUUGCCCGAGCUAACUCACUUUUUUGGGUUUAAGGACAUCUCUCUCGGAUUGAGUUUUGUUUGUGUCAUAGAUAACCCAUAAUGUAUAUAUGGUAAGAUAAAGGUUUCCACAUGGUUUAUGAUAUGGUUUAUGUAGUUUGAGGAUCAUAACUUUAAGAGGGUGUUUGGAGCAACCAAAAUGGGCUGAAAAGCCUGAAAAUAUGGGGAAAAAAACACUAAGC